ACUUUUUGCGCCAGUUGGACAUUUGGUUUGGUGGCGUGAACAUGGAACUCGUACUGCUAAUCCUCCUGGUAUCCCUAAUAGGAAUAGCCUUUGUGGCACUGCAGCAGCACUACUCCUAUUGGCGGCGAAUGGGAGUACGCGAAAUCAAGCCCAAGUGGAUAGUGGGCAAUCUAAUGGGACUGCUCAACAUGCAGAAAAGUCCCGCGGAAUUUAUAUCCCAACUGUAUAACCAUCCCGAUGCGGAGAACGAGCCCUUCGUGGGCAUCCACGUGUUCCACAAGCCGGCGUUGCUUUUGAGAGACCCCGAAAUGGUGAGGAAUAUUCUUGUCAAGGAUUUCGGUGGAUUCUCCAACCGGUACUCGAACUCUGACCACAAAGCAGACCCCUUGGGAUCCCAGAAUAUAUUCUUUCUGAAGAACCCCGCCUGGAAGGAGGUGCGAUUCAAGCUAUCGCCCUUCUUCACCGGCAAUCGAUUGAAGCAGAUGUUUCCCUUGAUCGAGGAGGUGGGUGCCAGCUUGGAUGCCCAUCUUCGCCAGCAGCCGCUGCAUAACGAGCGGAUGCGCUGUUUCGACUUGGAGGCCAAGGAGCUGUGUGCUCUCUACACCACGGAUGUGAUAUCCACGGUGGCGUUCGGAGUGAGUGCCAACAGUUUCACGGAUCCGAAGGGCGAGUUCCGCCGGCAUGGACGAUCAGUGUUCGAGUUUAGCCUUCAGCGGGCGGCGGAGUUCACUCUGGUGUUUUUCUUGCCCCACCUGGUUCCCUUUUUUGGAUUCAAGGUGGUGCCGGCGGAAGCUACUAGUUUCCUGCGCAAGACUAUUAACUAUGUGAUGUCGGAGAGGGAGAGAUCUGGACAGAAACGCAACGAUCUCAUCGACAUCCUCAUUGAGUUCCGGAAGAGCACGCAGCAGGCGAAGACAGCUGGGCUAAAGGAUCAGUUUGUGUUCGAGGGCGAUAUCCUGGUUGCCCAGGCGGUACUCUUCUUCACCGCGGGCUUUGAGUCCACCUCGUCUACCAUGGCGUUCGCGAUGUACGAGUUGGCCAAGGAUGCGGAUGUACAGCAGCGACUGAGGGAGGAGAUCAAGGAGGCCCUGGUCGAAAGUGGGGGUCAGGUGACGCUGAAGAUGAUCGAGUCACUGGAGUUCAUGCAUAUGAUUCUGCUGGAGGUGCUGCGCAUGUACCCGCCACUACCGUUUUUGGAUCGCGAGUGCACUUCUGGAAAGGAUUACGCGCUGGCUCCAUUCCACAAGUUCGUGGUGCCCAAGGGAAUGCCCGUUUACAUUCCCUGCUAUGCCCUGCACAUGGAUCCCCAGUACUUUCCACAACCCCGGAAAUUCAUGCCGGACAGAUUCUCGCAAGAGAAUCGCAAGCUCCACACGCCCUACACCUACAUGCCCUUUGGCCUGGGUCCGCAUGGCUGCAUCGGCGAACGAUUCGGAUUUCUCCAGGCGAAGGUGGGUCUGGUGUACCUGCUGCGCAACCACUUGGUUACCACCUCCGAGCGCACUCCACAUCGCAUGCAGCUCGAGCCCAAGGCGAUUAUCACCCAAGCCAAGGGCGGCGUCCAGCUUCGAUUGGUUCGCGAUCCUUUGGGCGUCUAACUCACCUGGAUACCUUGGAUAGCUUGGAUAUUUUGGAUACUUCGGAUAGUUUGGAUAUGUCUUUCUUGGGAGGGGGCCUAUGAAGCCUACAACAACUGAAUGGAAACUAAGCAGCAGAGUCGCGUGUUUCGGGGUUUAAAAUUGAGCUGGUGUCGCAUCUUAAAUGCGAUUUGAUUGGCAAAUUGCGUGUUCUAUCGCCGGAGAAAGGGAGUGCAAU